AUGGAAAAGGCAGCCGUGCCCCCCAGCGAGGAAUCUACAGCUCAGCGAAAGCCAUCCUGGCACGGAACCCUUGACGAUAUCUGGAUAGGUAGGAAGGAGGAGGGAAAAGACAGCAGGGGAGAAGAUCAUCUAUCCGACGGAACGGCCUUGGAUUGCCUGGGGCGGGCCAAAUUUUCCAGUCAGGGUGGAGCCCGCCUCGGCCGGUCGCAGUCUGCGGGCACUUGGGUAGUCUUUCUUCGUUGGGUACCUGAAACUGCAGAUGGCGUCGACGGGUCUUGCCAUAGAAAGGGAUACUAUUAUGGGGACGGAGACGGCAAAUUGGAAAAUGAACAGCGCCUUGUGGCCAGGAAGGAAUCCCACUACUAA